AGAGAAAUGAAUGAAAAUUACAAGGAAAGAAAUCCGAUUAUUUUCAGUCCAGCCAGCAUGUUACCUAGAUAAAGAAUAUGCACUCACUAAAGGAGUGGUUACAAGUUUUAAUAUAAAAAGGAGUGAGUGCAGCACUGUACACUUCCAACUGAAUACAUGAUGAGUAUGAUCAUGGCAUCUUUUCUAUCUGCAGCUCUGCUGUUGCUGGUUUCUGGGAUCCUGACUGAAAAGGAAUUUGGAUCAAAACCCAUCAAUUUGACGAUAGUCAACAGCAUCGCCAAAGCAGCCAAUGAGACCUACAGUGCUGACAUUGUGUUCAGAGGGAUCCUACUCGGUGCCAUGAAGAGACUGCAGCAGAACAAUACAGACUUCAAGUUUACCUAUAAAGAGGACCUCAACUAUGGUCCCUUCCUGGAGAGUGUGAAUGGUGUAGCCGGGGACAAUGCUGAGCACACUUAUUGGGAGCUCCUUGUUCAGACUGGGAAGAAUGGAUCCGUGAUCAGACCUGACGUGGGUAUUGGCUGUUACAUCCCAGAACAAAAUGACCACAUCAUCCUGAAUUUUACAAAAUGGUGAACAUUCAGAAGUGCCUUACUGAUACUGGUUCAUGAUUUGAAAAAGUGCUGUUGUGCAAUUUAUUACAUGUGUCAUAACAGGAAAAAAGUAAGGUAGUAAUGGCCAAUCUUAAGACUGUUUAGAAUGAAAAAUAGAGUUUCAUCAUGAUACUGUUAUAUACUCAAACUACUGUAAAAUAACAUUCCAUUUGUAAUUACUGUGUAAAGGGUUAAUAAAGUACAAGUAGCUAUGGAGUACCACUUGUGCGGGGAAACAAAA